AUGAAAAAAUUUAAUCCUUUUCAUCUAGUAGAUUUAAGGCCUUGGCCUAUCUUAACUUCUUUUUCUUUUUUAAGAUUUGCUUUAGGGGUUAUUGUUAUAGUUCGUUGUUUUGACGUCUAUCCAUUUUUAAUUUCUUUAGUUGUCUUACUUUAUUCUUCUUUCUUAUGGGGUCGAGAUGUCCAUCGUGAAGGUUGUUAUGAAGGGGACCAUAAUCUUGAGGUUACUAUUGGUUUUAAGGUUGGUAUAAUCUUAUUUAUCUUGUCUGAAUGUUUUUUUUUCUUAGGGAUGUUUUGGGGGUACUUACAUUUAGCUGAACUACCAGCAGUAGAGCUUGGUGGUGUGUGACCUCCUGUUGGGGUAAGCCCUUUUGACCCUAAGGGGGUUCCAUUUUUAAAUACUAUCUUGUUGGUUUCUUCAGGAGUUUCUGUUACUUGGUGCCAUCAUGCUAUAGAAGUAGGGGAGUAUAAAGUUAGAGUUGUAUCUUUAGUAAUAACACUAGUUUUAGGGUUAUUAUUUACUUGCCUACAAGCUUUAGAAUAUUAUGUUGCUAGUUUUACAUUUUCUUGUUCUUGUUAUUCUUCUAUUUAUUUUAUGGGUACUGGUUUUCAUGGGCUUCAUGUUAUUAUUGGAAGGGCUCUAUUAAUAAUUUGCUUGUUUCGUUUUUAUUUUUUACACAUUAGACCUAAUCAUAGGAUUGGGUUUGAAUGUUCUGUAUGGUAUUGACAUUUUGUAGAUGUUGUGUGAUUUUGUUUAUACCUGAUUUUUUAUUGAUGGGGAGUUUAG